AUGAAUGUGUUAAAGAAUUUAUUAAAACAGAAUCUAAUAUUACAUACAAUUAUUGGUGUAUCUACUGGAAUUGUAAUAGGUCUCAUCCUUAAGGUUUCCACAGACCAACCAUGGUCUGAACGAAAUCUAAUGUAUCUCAGGUUUCCAGGAGAAUUAUUUAUGAGACUAGUAAAUUGUUUGAUAUUACCUCUUUUAAUAUCUAGCAUUGUAAGUGCUACUUGCAAUUUGAAGAAAUCAGGUCGCAUUAGAGUAAUGGCAUUGUACUAUUACACAACAACAACAAUACUUGGAAUAACAUUAAGUGUUAUACUUGUUGAAACAAUAGAACCUGGAAGAUUGAAUAAAAAUGAAAAUAUUGUAUUACAAAAUGCUACCAAAUAUUUCGUUACGGAAGAUACGAUUUUAGAUUUGUUUCGCAAUCUGAUACCAGAUAACAUAGUGAAUGCAUGCAUAAAUCAGUAUCAGUCUGUGUUAGAGGCACCAGUGAAUAAAUCAGUACCAAUAGAUGAAUGGAAAAUAAAUCAUAAAGAUGUGUCAGGAACAAAUGUUGUAGGCUUGGUAUUCUUUAGUUUGAUACUGGGUAUGGCAAUUGGAAACAUAGAUGCCAAGGGUGAACCUUUAAAAAACAUGUUUCAUUCUCUAUCAGAAGCAAUGAUGGAAAUUAUGAAUUGGGCAAUAAUGAUAGCACCAAUAAGCGUAUUCUUUCUUAUCUCUGCCAAAAUUCUGGAAGUAGAAAGUUUUGCCAGUGUAAUAGAACAGCUGGGAGUUUAUACAUUGACUGUGUUCAGUGGUUUACUCAUACAAGGCUUUGUAUUGCUCCCUUUGUUAUAUUUUAUAUGUACACGCCGAUCUCCGUACAAAAUUAUAUUUAAACUUGGAUCAGCUUUUGCCACUGCAUUUAGUACAUCGUCCAGUACAGCUACAGUUCCAAUAACAAUUGCAUGUUUAGAACGCAUUGGAAUACCAUCUAAAAUAUGUAAAUUUAUUGUUCCAAUCGGUGCUACAAUAAAUAUGGAUGGUAUAGCAUUGUAUGAAAGUGUUGGUGCAAUCUUCAUAAUUCAAUUGCAUGGAAUACAAUAUUCAUUCAUUCAAAUCGUAAUAAUCAGCAUCACAUGUACUAUAUCAUGCAUUGGUGCUGCUGGUUUGCCAAGUGGUGGUUAUGUGAUGUUGAUAAUGGUACUAAAUUCUAUGGGGGUUCCAGCAGAAGAUGUUUCAUUCAUUAUUGCUAUUGAUUGGCUUGUAGAUCGUUUUAGAACCACCUUGAACAUCAUAGCUGAUGCUCUAGGUGCUGGCAUAAUAACCCAUUAUUAUGAAAAGAGCAGACAAAAUUCUAUACCAGAAGACAUUGAAUUAUGUGCUUCAAAUGAAAUUACAAGAUUAUAA